AUGGGCGAGGGCGACCCUCUCCAGGUCGUCACAGCUGCCCGCGCGCUCUCCUGGCUAUGGAGAAAACCGCUCAUGGCGGCUCAAAAUGUUCUUGGAAACAAGUGGACUAAAAUUGCAAAGCUCUGUUUUUUUUCUGCCCACCGAAUCAUUCGUUCCUCGCGCGUGUGCGAUUCUGACGAUGUGUCAUGGUGGUGCCUGCGAUUUCAGGCGUCGGAGAAGAAGCAGUCGAACCCAAUGCGGGAGAUGAAGGUCCAGAAGCUCGUGCUCAACAUCUCCGUCGGUGAGAGCGGUGAUCGCCUCACCCGCGCCGCCAAGGUACUGGAGCAGCUGACCAGCCAGUCACCGGUAUUCUCCAAGGCAAGGUACACUGUGAGGUCGUUUGGGAUCCGGCGCAAUGAGAAGAUCGCAUGCUAUGUGACGGUGCGGGGUGAGAAGGCAAUGCAGCUGCUGGAGAGUGGCUUGAAGGUGAAGGAGAACGAGCUGCCGAGGAGGAACUUCAGUGACACUGGUUGCUUUGGAUUUGGUAUCCAAGAGCACAUUGAUCUUGGCAUCAAUGACACGACCUUGACAGUCAAGAUGCUCUUUCAGCUAGGCAGAGCAUGUUCUAUUUACAGCAGGCCAGCAGACACCAGGCAGUAAGGAUGGAAAUGUUUUUUGGCAGCUUUCUC